AUGAAGUACGUGCAACUUGGAAGCAGUGGCCUUCGCAUCGCCCCGAUUGGUGUGGGAUGCAUGAGCUUUGGAAAUCCCGAAGGCCGCUUCAAAUGGUCAAUCCCGGAAGAAGACGCAGUGCCCGUCCUCAACUACUGUUACGAAUCCGGCCUCAACUUCUUCGAUACAGCAAAUGCUUAUUCUAACGGGCUCUCGGAGGAGAUCUUGGGCAAGGCAAUCAAGAAAUACAACUGGCGCCGCGAGAACAUUGUCAUCGCAACUAAGCUGUGGGCGCCCGUCGGUCGUGGUCUUGAACAACCAAUGGCGAUGACCGAUGACGAAAAGGACAAUUCUGGUUACGUCAAUGAGUACGGGUUGAGCCGAAAGCAUAUUUUCGACAGCAUCGAUGCCAGCCUGAAGAGGCUAGACCUGCCAUAUGUUGACUUGCUGCAAAUCCACCGCUUCGAUCCCAGAACCCCCGUUAAGGAAACUAUGGAAGCGCUUCACGAUGUCGUCAAGUCGGGCAAGGUGCGGUAUAUCGGCGCGUCGUCUAUGUGGGCUCACCAGCUUCUUGAGUACCAGUAUACUGCCCGCCUCCAUGGCUGGACGGAGUUUAUCUCAAUGCAGAACCUUCACAAUGCUAUCUACCGCGAAGAGGAACGGGAGAUGUACCCCGCGUGUGCUAAAUUCGGAAUGGGUGGCAUCCCGUGGAGCCCCAUUGCGAUGGGCUUCCUGGCUCGGCCCUGGUCUGAUUUCUCUAUCACUACACGUGGAGAGGGACAGGGCCAAGGAUUCCUUGGUCAGCCUAUCACAGAUGCAGACAAGAAUGUCAACGAACAGGUUGAGAAGAUUGCCAAGCAGCAUGGUGUAUCCAUGGCGACUGUGGCAAUUGCAUGGUCCCUAUCCAAGCCGUUCAUCACUGCUCCAAUUCUAGGAAUGAGUAAGAAAGAAAGAGUUGAUGAAGCGGUUCGCGCUAUUUCUUUCGAGCUUAGUCCUGCAGAGUUGAAGAGCAUCGAUGAUCUAUAUGAGCCCAAAAAGGUGAUUAGCCACCAGUGA